GGCACUACAAGGAGUAUUUGGAUUUCUUUUGAGUUCCAUAAUACCAUGAACCCUACGGUAUGUCCAGUAAACAUUAUGCCAAUAACUUGCAAUUUUAUAAUAAUCAAUUAGAGAAAAUGGAUAAUUAUAUGGCAAGAUGAGCUUAAAGAAAAGUAUAAAAAGCAUAGUGAUGAAUGAUGAUUGAUGAAAGAGGAAGGAAAAGUAGGUGGUUAGCACGAUGAAGUCAUUAUCUGUCAAAAAAGGAAAGACUUGCAAUGUUAGACUAAACAAACAAAAUCAACGGUAUCAUCUCCCAUCAAACCACCAUGUUCAAUUAUUCCAAUUCCAGAAGAAACAUCCAUUGGCAGUUGGUGGAAUUCCAAUUCAACAGCACCAAGAAGAACAAGAGGAGAAAGUCAACGCUCUUCUUUUUCUUCUUCGAUUAUCCAUUGAUGUUCAAUAAUGGCGUCCCUUUUUGAUUACUUUGUUGUGUGUGGAAUUGGGCCAGAAAUUCGAACUUUAGAUGGAAGUAAUGGCUAUUAUGGGAUGAAUUGCAUUUAUGAGGCUUUUUUGAUUGAUCAGUACCCUCCUAGUACGCAUUCUCUUUAUGCCCCUUUGCCGCCUGAACUUCCGGUGUGUGUUCUGCCAGCUGGGGUUCAGUUUCACAGCUCUGGGUUUGAUGUUAAUGAUCCUUCUACUUUUCCUCGGAGCUAUCCCAUUGUUUUAACUGCGGGUGAUGGGUCUAAAAUUUAUGUCAGCUGUAUUGCUUUCCGGGAUCCUGUUGAUGAUGAUAUUGGUGAAGCAUAUGGUAUACCACUCAAUACCUUUGCUGUAAAGUGUAUUUCCCUUGUUUCGCGGUUACCCUGUUUUUCUGUACUUCGUGAUGCGCUUGAGGAGAUAUUUGGUCUUUGCUUUUCCACAAGAGGAAGUUGCAAGCCACUUUGGGAGGUCAUAGCAGCCACAGUUUCCAAGGUUCCUCGACCCACUUCAGGAAUUAAUAGAGUGACUUUUGCAAUUGACAAUUGCUUAUUGUCUGCUGAGGCUCCCCUUGAAUAUGGGCUUCCGCACGCUGAUAUAUCCUUUGAGCCGUUGGUAGAGUGCUUGGAUGCCCAUAAUAUAAUUAUACUUUUUACAGCGGUAUUGCUUGAAAGAAGGAUCCUGCUUCGAUCAGAUAAGUAUACACUGUUGACUCUUGUCUCGGAGGCUAUAUGUCACUUAAUUCAUCCAUUCCAGUGGCAGCAUGUAUACAUUCCAUUACUUUUCUCAAAAGGAGUGGACUACGUUGAUGCUCCAACCCCUUACAUCAUUGGUCUUCAUUCAAGUGUUGAUACAUCUGAACUUUCAAUGGAUGGUGUCCUACUUGUUGACAUUGAUCACAAUUGCAUCUCUACAUCUGAGGAGAUACCUUCUGUACCAGAACCAGAGUUGAGCAUACUGCAUGAUGAUAUAAUGAAGCUAUUGUAUCCUAAUGUGAUGCGCAUUGAUGAGAUAAAUACUGGUUUUGAAGAACUAUACAUGAAAUGCCCCAAAGUUGUUUCCAAGCCUUGGGGGAAGGACCACGACCUUCAAUUAAGGCUUAUAUUCCUGAAGUUCUUUGCUACGAUUCUUUCUGGAUACCGUAAUUUCAUUGUGAAUAAUGGGGAGGGUUACUUUGAUGCUCAAGCAUUUAUAACGCAUCGUUGUCGUUCAAAUAAUCAAGUGCCAGAUCCUAUGCUAUCUCAAUUUCUAGGUUCUCAAGGUUUUUCAAAUUACAUUGGAAGAACUGUUUCAUUUGGUGAAACCAAUGACAAUGUCCUAGAUAUGUUGAUAGAUGCUAUUCGGAAAGGUGAAAGUCCUAUGUCGGUAAUUCCAUCACCGGGUUUAGAAUCUGUGAUUAUAAACAUACCAGAUCUUACUGAUGGAGUUUUAGAUUCUGAUGAUAGAUACACAUACUCUAGAUUUCCUGCUUACUUCAGAGAAGUUGAGGAAGAGAAGAAGAGGAAGCAAAUUCUAAAAUAUAUUAAAGACAAGAAUGAUGAGGAGAAAGGAAUCAUUUUGGACAUGAAAGUGAAGCUGCAGGGAUUGUGGAUCUCUCUUUUGAAAAUUGAUGAUGCUGAUGUUAUUCUUUCAUCAGAUGAGUUUGAGACUAUUCUUGCUCUUGUUGAGACGGAUGCCAAAGGAAUUGUUGGUAGAGCCGUCAUUGAGAGUAUAAAGGAACACUUUAGUGCUGGAUGGAAAGGUAAAUUGUCUGAGGAACAUUUUAUUGCUGUAAAGGAAUUGGUUAAAGGACUAAUCACAUGUGCAACCUACCAAAAUGACAUGGCAACUUUGAAAGAUGCACUUGAACUCUCAGCUGCAAUGUACAAGAAGGAUUUCAAUAAUGUUUCAGAUUAUGUUCAACGCCAUCUUCUUUCUCUAUCCAUCUGGGAGGAUUCAGGGUUCUGGGAAGCAUUCUUUGAGAGUCUGAUGGAACAGUCUUCUAGAAAGUCUUCUAGUGACGACAACCUCAUUUUCUCACAACUAAUAGUAGUUGCAUCACAUAUGGGUGGCUUGGGAAUGCCUGAUACAGAUGCGUGGCCCAUCAUACAAACUAUAGCUCAGAAAAACAAUAUCAGUUAUGAGCAUUGUAUACAACUCAGAGCAUACUUGUCGUAUAUUAAUCAACUACAAAUGGUUUAUUGGGGAAUAUCUGAUUUAAAGGCUCAAUCAUUGUCUUCUGGUCCACAAUCUACACAUUUUCAAGAUGCAACAGUGGAUGGUCAACAACCUAUAAAGGCUUCUACUCUUGCAAAAAACUGGGUUAGGAGCAUGUUUGGGAGGGAAUCAGUGUUAAAAGUAAACUCUUUCAACCAUGCUCGUGGCUGGACAAUAGAAACCAAAGCUGCAGCUCCAACUGAGAUUGGGACACCUCGCAAACAAAAUUUACCAAACACAGGACAAAAGAAAAUUCAAACAAAUGUUCGAGUUCUUAGGGGCCAUCAUAGUGCAGUUACUGCUUUACAUUGUGUCACACAAAGGGAGGUCUGGGAUCUGGCUGGUGAUCGUGAAGAUACAGGCUUCUUUAUUAGUGGAAGUACAGACUGCUCGGUUAGAAUAUGGGAUCCUAGUCGCCGUGGUUCUGAACUUCGGGCAACUUUGAAAGGUCACACAGGUGCUAUCCGUGCAAUUAGCUCUGAUCGGUGGAAGGUGGUAUCUGGGUCUGAUGAUACGUCGAUUGUAAUCUGGGAUAAGCACGAAUUCAUCCCUCUGGAAGAGCUGAAGGGACAUAAAGCACAAAUUAGUUCUGUUCGCUUGCUCCCAGGUGAUCGCAUCCUUAGUUCUGCCCACGAUGGUACUGUUAAAAUGUGGGAUGCCAGAAACGGUAGUUCUAUAGCAACAGUUGCGCAAUGGCCAGGCGCGGUUCUUUGCAUGGAAUACGAUGAUACUAAUGGAAUCUUAGCUGCUGCUGGUAGAGAUUCUGUUGUGCACAUAUGGGACAUCCGUGGAGGUAAGCAUAUUCACAAACUAAUAGGCCAUACGAAAUGGGUUCGUAGCAUAAGAAUGGUUGGAGAUAUUGUGAUAACGGGAAGUGACGAUUGGACUGCUAGAGUAUGGUCAGUUUCAAGAGGUGCUUGUGAUGCUGUUUUGGCGAGUCAUGGUGGUUCUGUACUCAGCGUCGAGUAUUCAGCUUUGGAUGGAGGAAUUAUUACCGGGUCUGAUGAUGGGUCGGUUAAGUUCUGGGAAAAUUCUGCUUAUGACAUAAAAUGUGCUAAAGAUGUGAAUUUACAUAGUUCCAUAUUGUCAAUCAAUGCUGGAUUGAAUUGGUUAGGGAUUGGUGCUGCAGAUAAUUCCAUGUUUUUAUUUCAUCAGCCUCAGGAUAGAUCUAGUGGGUGGCAACUUUACAGGACACAGCAGUUUUCCGCUACUAUGGUUCGAUGUGUGGCUUCAGACCUUGAUCGGAAAAGGAUUUGCAGUGGUGGUCGUGAUGGUCGACUUAGGCUGUGGGAUGCCACCAUCAACAUCUAAUCCAAACUUGCAUUGCUUUAGGACUGAAUAUUUGGUUUGGUUUUGGAGAGGAUAAGGCAAAAAUAUAAAAUUUGUCAAUAUUCGAUAAUAUGAAGAUGACGUGAAGAGAAUGAUUAAAUUGUGGACGAAAUUGAUAAAAAAUUGUGGGGCUAUUUUUUUGGAAAUAAUAUAUAUCAAAUUCAUUGGGACGGAUUAUAAAAAAAAUUCUAGCAAAUUCAGGUGGACAGGAAUACACUAAGGUAUAACAUGAAGGUUCCUCUUGGGGUUGCAUAAAACACUGAUUGUAUGUUUUUUCAUUUAGAUAGAGUCAUGUACAUAUAUUGAAGUCUUCAUGUGAAAUUUUUUGAGUAGUUGGUGACAAAAAUCACGUUUGAGGUAUCUAAAAUUACUAUUUUUGGUUCAUCUUUAUUGGCAUAUUUUCCAAGUUUGA